GCAUGCGGUAAUAACAUACAAAUCUUAUUAAAAAGAAAAGGGAAUUUAUCCAAAUCCAAUCCAAUCCAAUCCAGUUCAUUCCAUUCCAUUCCCUUCCAUGCUCGCUCUGGAUUUCGCCCGUCUCUUAUUCGUUUGCGUCUGCGUCUUUUGACAUACGAAGUCCGGUCAACCUACCCUACGUCCAAGCAUCCUUCACCCGCCUGCAUGUGAAGUUGAUCAUCCGAAGGCACCGACGACUUCGCACAAUAUCAAAUCAAUUCGUCAUCCACUUCACCUGAAGGCUUGCUUACCUUAGUGGGAAGAAAAAGUUAUACCUCCUCGUAUAAUUCAUCAUCUUACAUCCUUCUCAUUCAAUACUUAUUCAUCUACAUACAACACACAACCAACCUUAGGUUUUGGUUUUUAUAUCUUUCAGAAACGCCACCCUUCAACCUCACUCAGAAGAGAGUCGGAAUCCUGGACUUUCGUUGAAUCCGAAUAUCAAAGUCACUUUCUUUACCCUUCCCCCAAGUCCCCCAUCCAAAACUCAAACAGCGCGUUUGUUUGACGGCAGAGCUGUCAAAUGAACCUGCAACUGUGGACUUUUUGAGAUUUCAAUCUCCUCUCAACCAAUCCUGAGAGGUCAAACCAUCCCUAAAUGCCCAUCUACAACAGUCUAUAUUCGAAUCUUGCACGUCAAGGUUUUGCAAAAUCAGUCACCCACGGUUACGCUCAAUCAGUCGUUGCCGCAACUCAUCCUCAAGCUUUAGCAAACCAGAACCGAUCUGGUCGAGGCUUACAACGUCGAACUAGUAAGCUUGGCCACUUACCAACUUACACCUUUCAAAAUGCUUUUCACACAAGCUCCAAUUCGACCGGCACGACCGUCGUGCAGGAUAGACCAGAAGGAUUAGAAAUAUUAUCGGAUGCCUGGAAGGCAAAUGAAUUAGCGAAGGAGGAGAAGAAAGCUCAAUUCUCUAAAUGUAUCGAAUGGAAACCAGCUUCUAUUCAGGUAGAUGGAGAGGGAAAGAGCAAUGUGGUUGCCAGCGAUGCGACGAAGGAUGCCCCUAAGCAGGCUGAGAGGUCUUAUAGUACUAGUGCGGUAGAUGAUAUCAAGCAAGUUCAUUUCGAGGACGAGGAAGAAGCUGCCUUGGCAAAGAUUGAUGCGGCGAUCGAAAAGGAAAUUCAGUCGAGAGAGAACCAAGCUGCAUUCGAGGCGGAAUUGAGUGUUGUCGCGGCACGUGUACCGACUCCUCCUAUUGCGCCAUAUCAGUCACCUGCUCUCACAGUCGAGACUAGCUUCGAGAAAUCGGAACGUUCGCGAUCGCCUGUUAGCUCUGCUGCAUCAGCCACCUCAGCUUCCGACGUUCAAUCAUUGAGCUAUGCCGAACAUCUCACCAAACUUGCGGAAAGCGGCAGACAUGCUGAAAUUCCUGCAGUUUUUGAGGCAAUGCUUGUCGGUGGUAUCAAACCAACGGCAACUGCAUAUAACGCUCUUCUUGAUGCCGCUAUUCAUCUACCCGCAGAUCAGAUUCAAGUUGUUCCAAAGGCACUUGAUGUUUAUUCUGAUAUGCUUAGACGAAAGGUUUUGCCAGACACUGCGACGUACAACACACUUAUCAAAUUGAUUGCUUCUCGAUCCAUGACUGUAACUUCAUUGAAACAGACAUUGGAAGAGAAACGUAUUAGAUUUGGUGGAAUGGAAGAACCUGGCAAGUUUAUGUUUGCUUCUAAUGAAUUGGAGUUUGCUAUCCUUGCCGAAGAUGACAGGCUAGAUCUUGCCGUCAGGUUGUUUGAUGCAUCAAUCUCGUACCACACAGAUCGUUCAUUCCCGGCAGAGACUUAUCAUCAGCUCAUUUCUGCCUGUGCUGAUGCUGGCCGUGUUCCAGAUAUGGUACGAUUGUAUGAACAUAUGGAGACUAGCAAGGUUGUACCAUUGGCUGCUACUUUCCCACACAUGAUCAAAGGAUUUACGAAAUCAGGUGAUUUGAGUAGUGCUGUCGAAUGUUACAAUGAGUACAAAGAGUUGGCUGUCGCAGAUGAUAGUGGCAAACUUGAAUUGACUGAUCGUCAAGACGCACAAAUCUACGCCUCUGUUGUUAAAGCUUACGUCACUUCCGAUAAAAUGGAAGGUGCCAUGAAGUUUUACAACAGAAUUGUUGAAGGAUACGGAGAAAAUGUCGAGGCCUUCAGAGAUGUACUUAUUGAUGAAGGUUUUGUCCAGGGUCUUCUUGAGCGCAACAUGUUGACUGAUGCUCUUAGCUGGGCUGAAGGUCUUCAGCCUACCACCAAGUCCAUGGUAAUGAGCACAAUCUCGAUGCAUGCUGCUGACAAAGGAGAAAGAUCUGUUGCAGUCGCUGCUUUCUCUCACAUCAAUCCCGAUCCAACUAUUGCCAAGCCAACCAUGGCAUUGUUGGCUUUGAGUGUUCGCAGUGGUGAUGUCGCUGCAGCCCAGAGAUACUGGGGUAUACUCACUGCCUCUGAAAUGCCUGUAUCGUCCGCUUUCAUUGAACCAACUGCCAUGUUCGCCGUUGCAAUGAUUGGCUCUGGACAGGUUCUUGAGGGUCUCACACAAUCCGAACAAAUGUUUUCAAGAAUUAGAGACUCCGCUAUUGAUGUAAACUCUCACCUGGCUGAUGAGAUUGAAGAGGGUGUUGAAUUUAUUGCCCGAUUCAUGAAGUCACAUGGUAUUGUCGAUCCUCGCGACGCAGCAGUGGCAGAAGCUAUAUAUCAACAAAACUUCCAACCUGCUGUAUAUGCUGCACCACCUACAUUCGAGGAUACUUUUGAUCCAUAUGCCGCUUCUACCGAUUUCAAAGGCUCAGCUCUCAUCGCUGAUGAACUUGAGAGAGGUGCUGGUCGUGGCAAAGCAUCUAAGCUUAAUGAUGCCAUGGGAAGAUUCAGAAAUAUGCGUCGCGCUGGUCGUCAUCCAAGAUACAUCACUUAUGCUAAGCUAAUUUCUGCUGCUGCUCGCGAGGAACGAAUGCCUUUGAUUAAUGAUAUUCUUGGUAUGGCACGGUCUGAUGUACCUUUACUUGUUCAAUAUCCCAUCGUUCGAUAUGGUUGGGUUUCGAUCCUCGAUGCUAUGGUUGGUGCUUGUCUGACUCUUGGAAACCGCAACCUUGCUGCCCAAUACCAUCAAGAGCUUCUCGACAUGGGUGCCGCACCAACAGCGAACACUUUCGGUCUUUACAUUACCACUCUCAAGGAAUCCACUAAGACUUUUGAUGAAGCUUCAGAAGCCGUCAAGAUCUUCCACCGUGCCAAGACUGAAGGCGUUGAACCUUCAUCCUUCUUGUAUAAUGCUCUUAUUGGUAAACUCGGAAAGGCUCGUCGUAUUGAUGAUUGUCUCUUUUACUUUGCUGAGAUGCGCGCUCUUGGGAUUCGCCCAACUAGUGUUACUUAUGGUACAAUCGUCAAUGCUCUUUGCCGUGUCAGCGACGAAAAGUUUGCCGAGGAAUUGUUCGAAGAGAUGGAAGCUAUGCCAAACUACAAGGCUAGACCUGCUCCAUACAACAGCUUGAUGCAAUUUUUCCUCACUACCAAGCGUGACAAGACAAAGGUUCUCGCAUACUACGAACGAAUGAAGUCCAAGGGUAUUCAACCAACCAACCAUACUUACAAGUUACUUGUCGAUACUCAUGCUACUCUUGAACCUGUUGAUAUGUCGGCCGCUGAAGCCAUUCUCGACACCAUUCGUAGCAAUGGCGAGAAGCCAGAAGCUGUUCACUACUCUUCGUUGAUCCACGCUAAGGGUUGUGUUAUGCAUGAUAUGGAAGGUGCUCGAAAGGUUUUCGAUUCUGUUAUGGCUGACUCCUCUAUUCGUCCUCAAGCAUGUCUCUACCAGGCCUUGUUUGAAUCGAUGGUCGCUAAUCACAACGUCGCUGAUACCGAAUCCGUCCUCGCCGAAAUGUCUGCUAAAGGUGUCGCGAUGACUCCAUAUAUUGCCAAUACUCUUAUUCAUGGUUGGGCCAAUGAGCGCAAUAUUGAAAAGAGCAAAUCGAUAUUUGCAACCGUUGGAAGAGAAAAGAGAGAGCCAAGUACAUACGAAGCAAUGACUAGAGCUUAUCUUGCGGUUGAGGAUAGAGAAAGCGCCAAGGAUGUUGUCCAGGAAAUGCUUAGCAGAGGAUACCCUGGAGCCGUUUCUAACAAGAUCCUGGAGUUGCUUGGUGGUGGUCAUGCCGAAACUUCUUAAGUUUAACGUGAUCAUAUUGACUUAAUUUCGACACUUCAGUCUAUUUUUGAUUCGAGUUCUUCGAUUCAAGUCUCUCGGCUGUCUCUAUUUUGCCCUUCACAAUACCUUUUUUCUUUUGUUCAAGUAUGUUAUGAUACCCGUGCAAUGGCACAUCCAAAUGAUGAUGGUGGAUUAUGGGUAUCGAGGUCUCGAUUAGCAGUUGAGCUUGCUUGCUUGUAUACUUGCAUUCUACUUCAGCUGGCUGGUCAGACUUAGGAUCUUUUCUUAUGUUCGUUUUAUUAGAUAAUAAAAUAUCCAAAUUCUUUUGAGAUUGUAGAGUUCUAAUUCAAGAACUCUACGAUGUCGAGAAUAGGAUAAUGGCGUUUUUGAGGAUAUGGGGUGGAAUUUAGUGUUUUCUAGCUACUGGCAGCAUGGCGUUUUGGAGGUGAGGGAAUGGAAUGGAAUAUAUGAAUGCAUGGUGUAAAGGACACGGAUAUGCAUGCGCCAAAAUAUAAAUCUCAACUCUUUAUACACAGAAAUCAGACGGUGGGUGGGGGGAAGGAAGCAAGCAAGUGGCUAUGAUGAUGGUUUUUCCUUGGAUGAAACCGGGAACUUGCCUACCUAGCUGGCUGGCUUGGCUUGGCUUUUCGAUGAUGAUGGAUAUAUUACAGAUACAUAUCAGAUAUAUAUGUAAUAAUAAAAUCAGAAAGAUUAUUAACA